ACCGCCAACUUCGGAUUUUCCUUCAUUCUCAAACCUAUUUUCUUCUUCCAAUCUUUGCUCAAAUCUCCAAAUUCACAAACCAACACACAUAUCUUCAAUCCCUUUCACUUUUGUAGCUGUUCUUCUUUGAAUGGAAUUGCGUGUUCUUUUAACUACUUCGAUUCUAGAAGUUGAUCAGAGUUUCUGAGAUGCAUCAACAAAUGGAGAAGACUGAUGAGAAAACUCGUGUGGCAGAGGAAGAACAAAAUGGUUCAUCCGAGCUUAAUGAUCAGCUUGAAGAGAUGAAGAAAAUGGCGGACGAGACCAAUACAAAGCUCAGGUCUGAGUUGGAAUCUGUGAAGAGCAAAAGAGAUUCUGCCAUGGAAAAGGCUAAGGAAUUGGAGCUUCAAUUGGCAGAGAAGAGUUCUAAUAUGGCAAAGCAAAAAGAGGAGCUCUCUGUUUUGAAACGUUUCGAAUCGCAAACCCAAACAAGAAUCCAAGAACUCGAAAAAAAGUACCAAAAUUCGAAAGAAUCAGAAGAGAAAACCAAGGAAUUAUUAGCAGAACAAACAAAGCGCCUCGAACAGACAAAGAUUUCCCUGGAAGAAUCGAAGAUAGAGAUCCUAUCUCUUCAUGAAAAACUUGUGAAAUUCUCUACCGAAACCCAUUUCAACGAAUUCCCGACGCACAACAUUCCAACAAAAAAUGAAUUCGAACGCCUAAAAUUCGAGCUCCAAUCGACAAGACACCAACUUGGUGUCCUAAAAAACGAGCUAAAAGUGACCACAGAGGCUGAGGAGAACAACAAAACAGCCAUGGACGAUCUAGCAAUGGCAUUAAAAGAGGUAGCAACAGAAGCCCAUCAUUUGAAAAGGAAAUGCAGCACAACCGAAAAGGAAUUACAGAAAACAAAAGAAGAAGCAGAUUAUUUGAAAACGACAUUAAAAAACACAGAGGAAAAGUACAAAUCUUUGCUACAAGAGGCAAGAAGAGAGGCAGAUUUGUACAAAAGCACUGUGGAUAGACUGAGAUUGGAAGCAGAGGAGUCUCUGUUGGCAUGGAGUGGAAGAGAAACAAGCUUAGUAGACUGCAUAAGAAGAGCCGAAGACGACAGAUUCAAUGCUCAACAAGAGAAUCGCCGUUUGAUGGAUACUCUGAGGCUAGCAGAAUUGAAGAACAUGACAUCAAAAGAAGAGAUAAAGAAAUUAAGGGACAUUCUAAAACAGGCCUUGAACGAAGCCACAGUGGCUAAGGAAGCUGCAGGAAUCGCCAUUGAAGAGAAUUCACAGCUGAAAGACUCCUUAGCUGAGAAGGAGAACGCAUUGGAUUUCGUUAGCAGUGAGAAUGAGACACUGAAAGUCAACAAAGCUGCAGCAUUAGAGGAGAUUAAGGAGCUAAAGCAGCUGCUAGAAGCAAGUAAGAGAGGAGAAAGCAAUGGAAAAGAAGAAAACAAGGGGAAAGAAGAAAACAAGGGGAAAGAAGAAGGGAAGGAGCAGGUGGAGAAGGAGAUAACGAGGUCGAGGCCACCGUUGAGUCCGAGUCCAAGCCUGACUCCACCGCCAGUAGAAAAGGAAGAAACAUUCGGGAGAAGGCUGGGGAAGGCUUUCAGUUUCAGUUUCUUGGAGAUGAGGCUGACAUCAGAGAAGAAGAAGGAGGUCGAAGAGGACGAGGGAGAGCCUCAAAUGGAGGAGACGCUCAAAGGGUCGAUUUUCGACGAGGUGGACUCGCCUGGUUCAGGGAGGGUGCACGAGAGGAAACGAUCAUUGUCUCAGUUCGACGGUGAUAGGGAUAUACUGAACGAUGAGAUUGAGGACCUUGAGCACUUGGAAGAGGGGAAUUUGGAUGGAGAAGAAGGGGAUAGGAAUUCAAGGAAGAAGAAGGCAUUGAUAAGGAGAUUUGGGGAUCUUUUGAUGAGGAGGAGGAGUUUCCAGAAGAAGGAACAAUCCCCAGAAUGAACUUAUGUCAUCUUUCUUUCUGAUGCAUUUUUGCAUUUGCAAUUCUUAAAUUCUUUUGUACUGUAAAUUCAUACAAGUAGCUUACAUUGUGAUUUAUUUAUGAUUAUUUUCUUCUCUUUUUUUUUGGGUCAAAGAUGUCUUUAUUCUCGAAUGAAAUGAGAAUAGUUGGAUAUAGUUUUGGAUUCAAAGGGUUUCUAAUUUGAAACUCUCCAA